AUGGCCACCUUAGCCGAAGGCACAACAUGGCCUGACUUUAUUCGGCACAGACGCGGAGUCUUGCAGAAGCUUCGAGCUGAACAAAGUCGGGCGGCCACCGAGGCAAACUUUUGGGCGGUCGAUAUAUUCGAUAGAGACCCCUGGGAUCUGACUACCUUGACCAUCCUCCGCUCGAAUAACGGUGAUGUAUACGAAAAAGAGGCAGAUGGAUACAACCUCCUAGGAGCUCUUCAGGCCCGCCGUGAAAUCCAGGACAGCGAAAGGAAUACAUGGCUGAAGCCUGCAAGAUUCGGGAAAUGGAUCCAGGAUCGCUAUGGAAUACAAAGCUCACACGCCCACAAUGUUCUUUCGGUGGUAGCCUCUUCAUUUUGGAUGGAUAGAUGGGGGAGGUGCGCUGAAACGGCGUACGGUGAGGCUGUUUUCAAUUGUAUGUCCGCCGAAGACAUAAUCAACGUCAAAUCGGACAAGUUUUUGGGGCGUGGCCUCGAUCAUAUGUUCAAAUUGCGAAUGGCAGUUUUUGCAAAGCGUGUCUCGAGGGUUGGAUCUCGUGACUGGGAAGUGAUCAUGGACUUUAACCGCAGAUCAAAUAAUAUGAAUACACUGCGCCUCCAUUUUUACCCAACCCCAGAGGAUAACAACAAUGGGGAUCGGGUCGGAAAAUAUCUCAGGUUGGAUUCGAAAUGGUUGAGCAUAUGGUCACUCCCUCAGCUAGAGAGCCCGCGCGUUCUCGGCUCCAAGCCGUGUCCAACAAGAAGACCAGGAUUUCUAGCACGGCUCUCCGAUAUCGAAUACCACGCCUGUUUCGAUUCUCUGGCUGGAAGCUCGACCUUGAAAUUCCCCACUUGGAAGGACUUCUUACAACUAUGCAAAGAUGUUGCACACCCGACGAAGAAGGUGUUACAGCACACGGUCUGGUGGACUAAUAUUAGGCGGGAGUAA